AACAUAAGUGCGCGCGUGUGGUUCGUGUGUGUAUACAUGUGCCAUCCCCCGCGUCGACGACGGUAAGAGGGCGAGAAGAGGACACUGGCCAAACGGGAGCCGGAACCGAAAAAUGGAUGCGACGUCACUGCGGCUCAUUUCCGGACUGCUUUUGUUCGCCUACACCUCGUCACACUUCAGCGAUGGAAGAAACGGACCCAACUACUACGGCAAACCAAUCGGACCCCUGCAAGUAUUCGGCCACGGGAUCAAAGGCGACGUGUACGCUGUGGACGAGUCGACGAUCUUCAUAAAAGGUUUCUGUUACGAUGGAACCGCGCCGGACACAUUCUUCUGGGUGGGCAACACUACCCACCCGACACCAACGGGUUGGCUGGUCCCGUAUCCGGACACGGACAGGGAACCGCAGGAGCUGAAAGCGUACAACUAUACCGACAUCAUACUGCGGCUGCCCGGUGAGAAGAAGAUACGUGACAUCAAAUGGUUGAGCGUCUGGUGCCGUCGAUUUACCGUCGGCUUCGCCAACGUCGAGAUCCCGCCGAAUCUGAAGGUACCGAGAGCCAGAGUGCUGCCGCAGUUCUCGAGGUUGGCGCACGGGCUUCGCAGCGAGAACAUCACCAUCCUAGAUAGCAAAACUUUCUACAUACCGAAUUUGCAUUACGACGGGGGCGGUCCGGACGCUUAUUUCUGGGUCGGGAACGGCUCCGAGCCGAAUCCAUUCGGCAUCAAAGUGCCCAACGAGAGGAAAAGUUUGGACGUGCUAAAGGGAUACGAAGGUCACGACAUCGAGAUCGUGCUGCCCGGUAACCUGACCGUGUACGACAUCGAAUGGCUCUCGGUGUGGUGCGUCGCGUACAAGCACAAUUUCGGGCAUGUUUUCAUCCCGAAGGACCUCGACGUGCCACCCGCCCUCGGUCAGACCAAAAUCACGCCGCCAUGGUGGUACGAUCCUACGAGCAGCAAACCACCACCGUCCCCGUUCGCCAAACACGAGCUGACCAACUGCAAGGAGAUGCUCGACGGCCAAGUACAGGUACAAUGGGAGAUGAUCGACGAGGACAUACAUAUACGUGUGUCGGCACGUAUACGGGAGGACCAAUACGUCGCUUUCGGUUUGUCUGGACGGGAGGGAAAGGCAGAGAUGAUCGGCGGUGACGUGGUCGUGAUCGGUUACAACAGCAAGACGGGGAAAUUCAUCGCGGACGACUACUAUAUGUCCGAGUACGCGCAAUGCAACGGCAGGACGGGCGUGUGCCCGGACGAGAGGAUCGGAGGGAAGAACGACGCUGUCCUUGUGCACGGGGAGAGGAAGAACGGAGUGACGACAGUUACCUACACAAGACCCAUGAGAACCAACGAACCAGAGAAGGACCGAAUGAUUCCGGACACGGAAACCAGCGUGAUCGCGGCGAUAGGACUGCUAAACCGGCGAGGAGAGGCCAAUGCACACGAGGGCUCCGACAAGACGACCGACGAUAUUCGUAUCGAUUUCACGUCGAAGAACGUCCACGAAUGCACGAAUUCUCUCUACGACCUGCCGGACAAGCCUAACCUGAAGGCCUGGCCGCCAAUGGUCAUCACCAAUGAGACGACCUUCAGCGCGAGGAUCGGACCCACCGGUGGAGAAAGGGGUUACUCGAGGAUCACCGGUCUAUCUUCCUGGGGCAUCUCAUGGUACAUCAACGACAUGCUGAUCCCAGAAAUCACCGUCGAGAGGGGACAGACAUACACAUUCAUCGUGGAGGGUGGAAACGAUCCCACUAAUCUGGCCAGAUACCACCCGUUCUACAUCACAGACAGUAUCGAGGGUGGAUUCGACGAGAAGAGGGACGAGGACCAGCAGAUGACGCAGAGAGUAUUCGCCGGUGUGAAGUACGACGCUGAAGGGUAUCCAUACCCGACCGCGGCAGGUCGUUACUGCGAAUGGGUCCACAAGACGGUAGACAUGAGCAAGGACAUGGAGACGUUCGAGAACUUCUUUGAAACCCUUCGACUCGAAUGCGACAAAGGUGAACCGGCCGAACUUGUCUGGACCGUUGCCGAAGACACACCGGACACGGUGUACUAUCAGUGUUACUCGCACAGAAACAUGGGCUGGAAAAUAAACGUUGUUAGCGAUGCGCACACAACCGUACCGAUUAUGUCGAUGGUGGCAACGUUGGUCGUUGGUCUAUUGAAGCUCUCGAGAUGA